AUGGGGAUCUGGGUGCUGCAAGCUGGAGUUACCCAGGCACUGAGCAACAGAGCUCCAAAGGCAGAGCCUGGGGGACCCUUGCCAGCCCCACCACCCGCAACGGUGUGGUACGUGAUCGCCGUGGCCCAGCGCCGGCCCUCAGGAGCAGACUGGCCCAGGAGGCUCCGGGCAGCCACCCGCAAGUGCCGAGCCGCCUGCCCAUCCCUCUCUACCUUCUUCCUCCUCUUCGUCAUCUUCGUGGUGUCAGGCAUCUUCCACUGCCACCGCCGCCUGGCUCUGGUGCCAGGGCCCUGGGCCUACUCAGCCCGUGUGGUCCUGGUCCCCAAACAUCUUCCCCUGGAGGGGCUGUUCACCAUCAACUCCAUCGGCCGCCUGGGGAACCAGAUGGGCGAGUACGCCACGCUCUACGCCCUGGCCAAGAUGAACGGGCGCCCGGCCUUCAUCCCCGCGCCCAUGCACAGCGCGCUGGCCCCCAUCUUCAGGAUCCGCCUCCCGGUCCUGCACAGCGACACGGAGCGUGCGGUCCCCUGGCAGAACUACCACCUCAACGACUGGAUGGAGGAGCGGCACCGCCACAUCCCCGGCCGCUACGUGCGCUUCACGGGGUACCCCAGCUCCUGGACUUUCUACCACCACCUGCGCCCCGAGAUCCUGCAGGAGUUCAGCCUGCACGACCACGUGCGCGAGGAGGCCCAGGCCUUCCUGCGGGGCCUGCGCGUGAACGGGAGCCCGCCCGGCACCUUUGUGGGGGUGCACGUGCGCCGGGGAGACUAUGUCCGUGUCAUGCCCAAAGUGUGGAAGGGGGUGGUGGCCGACCGGGGCUACCUGCAGCAGGCCCUGGACUGGUUCCGGGCCCGCUACGGGUCCCUGGUGUUCGUGGUCACCAGCGAUGACAUGGCCUGGUGCAGGGAGAACGUGGAGGCCACCGGUGGGGAUCUGGUGUUUGCCGGCAAUGGCCUGCAGGGCUCGCCGGGCAAGGACUUCGCCCUGCUCACGCAGUGCAACCACACCAUCAUCACGGUGGGCACCUUCGGCUUCUGGGCCGCCUACCUGACAGGGGGGGACACGGUCUACCUGGCCAACUUCACCCUGCCCAGCUCCCCCUUCCACGUCAUCUUCAAGCCACAAGCGGCCUUCCUGCCUGAGUGGGUGGGCAUCGCCGCUGACCUCAGGCAGGCCCCCCGCAAUGACCCGUAG